AUGAGCUCAUCACAUAGGAGAGUCGCUGUGGUCCUUAGUGGUUGCGGUGUUUUUGAUGGAAGUGAAAUACAUGAAGCAACCUCUAUGCUUAUUCAUUUAAGCAAAGCAAAAGCUAAGGUUGAUUUUUUCGCCCCAGACAUGGAUCAGGAUCAUGUUACCAACCACGCAACUCAUAAACAGGUACCAGAAAAGAGAAAUUGUCUUGUUGAGUCUGCUCGUAUUAGCCGAGGCAACGUUAGUGCUUUGUCCAAGCUCAACCCAUCGAAUUAUGAUGCCCUCUUCUUCCCCGGUGGCUUUGGGGCAGCCACUAAUCUUUGCAAUUUCGCAUCAGCCUCUAGUGAUUGCAAAGUAAUUCCGGAUGUUGAGAAAGCCAUUAAAGGAUUUCAUGAUUUGAAGAAGCCGAUGGGGUUUUGCUGCAUCGCCCCAGUUCUGGCGGCACGUUGUAUCAAGGGUGCCCGCGUUACCAUAGGAACAGAUCCAGGCACUGCAAGUGCUAUCGAGAAAAUGGGGGCACAGCAUGAAGAUUGCCAAAUCACCGAGGUUUGUGUCGAUCAGAAAAAUUUUGUCGUAACUGCUCCCGCAUAUAUGUGUGGUGCUGCCACUAUUGCCGAUAUCUACGAAAAUAUAGGUCUUCUUGUGGAAAGAGUUUUCUCUCUCAUUCCAUAG